AACUAUGGGAGCCCACGCCCAGCUCAUGCCAACAUGAACGCCAACGCAGCCGCGGGACUGGCCCCCGAGCACAUCCCCACCCCGGGGGCAGCCCUGUCCUGGCAGGCAGCCAUCGACGCGGCCCGGCAGGCCAAGCUGAUGGGCAGCGCCGGCAACGCCACCAUCUCCACGGUCAGCUCCACACAGCGCAAGCGGCAGCAGUACGGGAAGCCCAAGAAGCAGGGCGGUACGACCGCCACGCGGCCCCCCCAGGCCCUGCUCUGCCUCACCCUGAAGAACCCCAUCCGGAGGGCGUGCAUCAGCAUCGUGGAGUGGAAAUAUCCUUUGUGCUUUGGGAUGCGGCCUGACCGGCCGGGCGUCCCUCAGCCCGUCCUCCCAGGCUCCCUAGGCUGUGGGCUAUGUUGGUCUCACCCUUAA